AACAAUGAGCGAGUAAUCUUAGCUUGACUUUAGUGUCUUUGUUACACAUAACUCGAGUAUUCUUUCACCAAAGUACGACCUUUUCAGACUUCAUUUACAUAGACCAAGUAUUGAUCACUUGGACUAACUCGCAGAUAUCUUAGAUUUAAGUGAGAGAACAACACAGAAAGGAAAACCUUGACAGAACAACUUCGCUGUGUUCUUAUUGCUCUUAUUGUAUGGAAGCUGUUGGAAGCUGUUGCACGAAGAAAAUGUAAAACCGUCACGUCGAGCGUCUUACGUUGUUUCACGCAAUAUAUUUUGCACUGGAUCGCGCUUUUCAUUAUAAUAAUAAAAGAAAAGUGACUGACUUACCUGAAAGGACAUUGCUUUUUCUACAUUGAGUGACGCUUUGGUUUCGCGUGAGUCACUCUGUCUUGUAUAAACUGAAUCACGCUGUCCACCACUUCGAGUCACGCUGCAUGAAGCUACCAUGUCAGGCAAGAAAAACAUCAAACUUAGUCGGUCUUUUCCCGCUCGAGUGAAGAACGAAAACAAAUCUCGUCAACCGCUACCGUUCAAAAGAUUUGCUGAUUUUCUGACAUUAAAACGAAAGAAAAAGAAAGACGAUGGUUCAAGCUCACUUGAUAAACAGGCCUGGUUUCACGGGAAAAUCAACGCUGAGUACGCCGAAAUGGUUUUGAAAAAAAAUGGAGAAUUCCUGGUUCGCGAAGACCCGGCGAUGCCUGGAGCUUGCUUUAUCGCUGUCAGAACCAAAGAAACUGCGCUACACCUUGCCAUAAAUAAACUGAAGUCAUCCAAGGGCACUCGAUUUAAAUAUAGAAUUGAAGAUUCCGAUUUUGUAUUUGAUAGCAUUUCGGAACUCAUUCGGUUUUACGUAAACGAGAGGCGUCCGGUGAGCAUCCGACCGCCUGCCGUAAUUACGAUCGCUGUUAGUCGUGAAGCAGCUUUGCUGUCGGAAGAAGAUUUCAGAGGGAGGUUUUCCACAGCAGGAAGCGCGCGAAUCAAUCGAGCGACGAGGAAACUGGAGAGAAAAUCAAGUGAUCCCAUUCUAUCCAAGCGUGUACCUUCUAAACUCUACGAAGAAAUCGAUGCACAGGAUAUCCUUGAUACACUGGAUACCCCGGAGACUCCGGUAUUAGAACGAACAAAGUCCAGUUCUGAUCCACCGAGCGUGUCCGUUGAUGAUACAGCCGCUGUCAAGAUCGCAAAAAAUCGAAAACUCGAGGAAUUGAAAAGCAAUUCGGCCCCAAGGUCGCGUUCAUUAGAUAAUGUACUUGAUUCUUCUUUAGAAGCGGCAAAUUGUACUUAUGAUAGUCCGCGCACUAUGGCGAUACCAACAAGAGUACAUUCCAACACUCCUUACUCUCAGCAGGAGAAAAAGCGUAAGAACUUGGACAAAAGUUAUUUUGAAACGGAUACGGAUUACGCGGUUCCUUCGUCCAUUCCUUUACCAGACAACGACGAGGAAAUGUCACACAAUUCUUCAGACAUCGUAUACGAUGUCCCGCCGUCCAAACCGAGUUUGGAAAAAAAGAGRUCAUGUGAUGAGAAAACGACUUAUAUGAAUCAGAUUGAUGUGAGUAACGCACUCGACAAUGUCACGCAAUCUCAAGAGAAAACCCAAGACGGAAGACAUAAUAUUUAUCUGACAGUCGUGAAAAAGUUGCGGGAUAAACUAAUCCAGCCUUUUUUGCAACAAGAUUGUGUGACGCUCGCCAGUCACUUAACGAAAGCUGAUCUAGAGCUUGUGUGGAAAGAUUCUGAGGAUCCAGAAGACGAAGAUGGAGGAGCCAAAGGUCUUGAAAGAUUGGUUCUUCCUCAAGGACGCGAAAAAAGAUGUGCACUACUUGAAAGAUACCAGAACUUGACAUACUGGGUUGGCUCACUCGUGAUCGCUGCUGGAGAGAUGGCAUCGCGGGCUCAGAUGGUUACGAAGCUCAUAGAAAUGGCGGAUAUCUUGAGUGACAAGCAAGGAAACCUUGUUUCUUUCAUGGCUAUCAUURAUGGACUUGCCUUACCUCAGGUCAGCCGUCUUCACCAUACCUGGUCAUGCUUACAGCAUCAGUACUCCAAAUCAGCGACUCUCUUCCACAGUACACUGAAGCCACUCGCGGAACUCUUAUUAACAGGCGCUCCGAGUCCCUUCCCAGGUGUGUGCCUACCGUAUGUAGUCCCUCUUUCAAGGCUUCUUGAGACAACCAGCGAAGCAGAUCUCGAGGAAUGGCACCAAGAUAAACCAGACCAGGGGCUGGAAAUAAUGUUGGCACAUCUCACAUCUGGUAGAACCGUCAUACAACAAAUAGAAACCUUUAAAGAAGAAGCUACGAAGAAAAUGAAUUUACGAGAAGAAAAACCUGAUUUAAAUGAUUAUUUUCGAAAAGGAAUCAACAUCGGAGACUUGUUAGGAGUUCAUAAAGAUCCGGUCUUAAGAACACAAAAACUGAAGACUUUGCUGAACUGGUUGUCUGAGAAUGCAGAACAAGGAAACAAACAAGCUCCUUAAAAGAGAUAAUUAUUAGAAUAAUAUUAGACAUGUUAUAGUAAAUAUUAGUUAAUAUAAAUAAUACUUAAAGUUUAAUCGCGCAAAAGAGACCGAAAGGAAUGGCACAAAAUUAAAUCCAACAAAUGUAACCAGGCGUUGAUUGCUGGUCAAUCCCAACACGGGUUGAAAUCACCAGCAAAGUGAAUGCAAAUGAAGUGAUCACUUUAUUAUCGAAGGUAUAGAGUAGAUUUUAAAUGACACAGAUUUGUCAAGAUACAGUCAUGGUAAGAAUGGAAGAUAGAAUGGUUUUCGUAUGAGUGCGAAACAUACGGUACUGACCUACAGCACAUACACGGUACGACAUGCAGUAACAUUGUAAUAGCUUCCCAUAAGAUCAUGGUUAUCGUAUGAGCUGRAAACAUGCGGUAAUGACCUACAGCACAUACAGGGUACGAAAUGCCGUAACAAUUGCCUUACAGUAAUUCGUCCAAUCACAUCGUGUAGAUUCGGAUAUA